AGCGUCGCUCUGAUCGCAGCGUACGAGUUUAAAAUUUUCGUAGGCGGUUGUACCAUCUAGAAGUUUGAAAUCUAUGAAUCAUGACUAAAACAGCUUGGCAGACUCAAGCAUUUGGAUGGUAUUGUUGUGUAGCGUAGUUAGAUACUUGGAAAGCGAUUUACGAUAUUUCAGGAUGGGCGUAAUUUUCUUGGAACACAUCGGAGGUACUCGGUUGUUCUCCUGCGCUUCUUGUGACACCAAUCUUACAAACAGAGGUCAGCUGAUAAGCACGCGUUUUACGGGCGCGACAGGCCGUGCUUUUCUAUUUAACAAAGUCGUCAACUUGAAUUACAGCGAGGUACAGGAUAGAGUGAUGUUGACGGGUCGUCACAUGGUCCGAGAUGUCAGCUGCAAAAACUGUGAUGCUAAACUUGGGUGGGUGUAUGAAUUUGCCACAGACGAGAAUCAACGAUACAAGGAAGGCCGUGUCAUCUUGGAACGUGCUUUAGUCACUGAGAGCGAUGGAAUGGGCGACAAUAUUUAAUAACAUACACAUAAGUAGCACGCCAUAGGAUAAGAAUACCUUAUAGUCAGUGCUAAAUCAGUUGUCCUACUUCUCUGUGUUCUUUUGUUAUUUGGAAUAAUCAAAAAGAAAAGAUUAUUGUAUGAGUAUACGAUGAUUUAUAUAUAAUAUUUAAUAUCUAAUAUUUUUGUAAACAUGAAACAUAUAUUAUUAUUUCAAAGCUAUUUUUCAUUCAAUGAUGUAUUUUCUGCUAGGGCAGAUUUGAAAUAAACGUUCGGUCUAUUAUUGUGUUAGAAUUUUAAAUAUUACUAUGUUUUUCUAUAUUAAAAUUUAUUGUAAAGAAAAAUAUAGAUUAUAUUGAAUAAGUAAGAUAAAUUGUAAACUACGACCAAAUAUAUUAAUUAACUUAAUA